AUGUGCAGCGCCUUUAGCGAGGUGGUUGCCGCCAGGCGCAAGGCAGCCGCGAGGGACAAGAACAGGAACAAGGAGUACUUGUUCGGCGUUAUAAGCCCUGACGAUGUCGAGUGGGCGAAGAACGCCCUCGACGAUAGCGUCCAGGUCAAGCGGUACACGGCCAGGGAGGUGGACCAAGACAGGGUCUCGACCGUAGAAUCGGAAACCGUCCCAGCACUCGACGGCCUUAGUGACGAGUGUGUGCAGACCAAACACACAAGCAUAAAGGACCUAAUCGAAAAUGUGCAGCAGCUUAGCCUCAAACUUGGAGCGGAGGGGAGGCAGCGCGAGUCACUGGAGCAACAGGUGGAGCAGCUCAGAGAACAGAACAGACAGCUCAUGUCGCAGAUGGAGGCCUCCGAGAGUAACGCAGAAGCGGCGAACGCGUAUGCAGCUGCGCUGGAGGCGAUAAAAGCACUCGAUGUCAAGGACUUCGGACAGAACUGUGAGCAGAUCAUGGACGCAAUAUAUUCAGUGAUAUGCGAUGCAUUCGGGCCUGACAACAACUUGGCACUGCUGUUCGAGGAAAUGGCCGACAUUUACCUCAAGGCGGAGUCCAAGCACGAGCUUGAGAUACAGGCGAUGCAGAAGCAGAUCGACUUCCUCACACAGUUCGAGAACGUCAUCAAGGGAGAGGUGAAACCCAACGCGAAGACGCUUGAUUCGCUCGUGGAGCAGCUUAAAGCUACCAAGGAGGAGUCGGCUGCCGAAAUAACAGCGUUGCGCAAGCAAGUCGAGUACCUGAAGUCAGAAAACCAGCGCCUGCAGAAGCAGAAGAAAGCGCUGGAACAGGGCUUCGAGACGGAAAAGCAGGAACUCAACGUCGUGGUCAGGGGGCACCAGGACAGGUACAAUCAAAUGCUGCAGGACCAGGCGCAGCUUUUAUCGCAGCUGCCGCUACUCAAGCUGACCCCGACUGACCGGCCUGCGGAGGACGGGGUACUGCGGCAAUCGGGGACGAACACGCUGGAGGCGCUUGUGAGUGCCUUAUACCGCAAGGACUCUGAAACACAAAAGCUGGUCAAGAGAAAGGACGACGUGAUACAACAGCAGCAAAGCACAAUCAACAAACUGGAAGCGCGCCUCAAGGAGUGGGAGGCAGACGCCAUACUGUGGCUCGAUUACGUCAACCAAAGCAGCGCGAAAAAGAAGGGAAUGCUCAAAGAGAAUUAG